AUGAACGACAGUAGCGCAACACGUGGUGUCCUGAAACUCACACAUCCCGAUCUACACACAGACGUCUCCCAAAUGGCAUCCGAAAGCCAUUCUUUACUCUCCCAUAUGUCAGCUGGUUAUGGAAGCCGAGUGAGUGCUCUUUUCUGGCCCGGGCAAUCAGCAUCCUUGGAUGAGCAUAUGGCCGUUAUGACCAAUGGAAUAGGGGUAAAUGGAACCGGUCCCUCUUCCUCCGGUAACAAUGGAACUAGUUCCAAUAACGACUCUUCUGCAGUGGCUGCUGGAUCAUCUCAGGAUUCUGUUGGAUUGGAUUCUGCACAUUUGAACUCGGCGGCAGUAGUUUCAGCAGCCUCGUCGUGGUACGGCGCGGCCGCAGCAGUUGCAGUUGCCAAUGACCAACGAAUUACGCAUGAGUACAGCGAUUACGUCUCCCGCCUGAUGGGUGCAACGAAUGCUGCAAUGGCUGGAGUGUAUCCCGGUCACUUGAGUCCAAACUUUAGCACCGGAUUUGGAGCCAACGGAGCAACGUCCUUGAAUUACAUCGGAAGCUACGGAUUGGCCAGCUCCAAUCAGGAAUUUGGUGUCUCGAACUUCGGUUCGUUUACCCACGCCAACCCACACUCGAGUGCGAAUCCUACAGUGUCAAGCGGUUUUCGCUCAAUCAAUGGAAGUUCGUCUCGCAACGCAAGGUACUCCGGGAUAAAUCCUGAGUUGAACAGCACAGUUUUGGCCGGUCCAUCAGUCUCCACAAAUGCCCCUUCAUUUCCUUCGUUUACCAGUGGACGCCGUUCAAGCGAAGCAAGUGAGUGCCUUGGAGGAAGCUCUGCUUUCGGUUUACAUGGAACACCAUACAAUGCAGCCAUGUUGGCCUACGAGAAACACCAGAAAGCUGUUGCUGUUGCUGCAGCUGCAGCGGCUGUGGCUGUGGGUGGUAUUCAUCCGAGUCAGCAACAGCCAUCCACCAGAUCCAUCAGUCCAAACGGGCCAGCUGGGCAUCAACUUCACCAUCACCAUCAUAACCCCCAUCAGAUACCCCAAUUGUUACAUCAUCUAAACAGCAACGGUCAUCAUUCCUCUCCAUUUCGUGGACUGUCACAGCGGCGAAAGCGACGUGUUCUGUUCACUCAGGCCCAGGUUUACGAGUUGGAAAGGCGCUUCAAGCAACAAAAGUACCUGUCAGCACCAGAAAGAGAGCAUUUAUCGCAAAUUAUCAGCCUGACUCCUACACAGGUAAAAAUCUGGUUCCAAAACCACCGUUACAAGUGCAAAAGAGCGCAGAAAGACAAGGAAUCCGUCUCUUUGCUGGAGACCACCAGUCCGAACGUGGACAUCCGUCACGUCAAUAUGAACCAACAGACAGUUGAAUCGGAUUCCACAUCCAGGUCCACUCCAGCCAACCCUCCAUCAUCUCGGGCCUACAGUCGACAAAAAUUAGACCUGGGGUCUUCGCUCACUGAAGCUGGAGAGGACAGUCUUGUUGCGAAUGCUCGGUGCCGAAUGGCGAGGAUCAAUGAGGGACCGAUGAGUACCGAUGUUUCUAACUGCUCCGAAUCCUCGUCUCUCAAUGAGUAUCCCGACGAAAGCCGAUCUAUACUGACCGGUCGCACUUGCAGUGACGAAAUUAAACCAAAUCACAAACUCAUUACCGAGUACUCUACGAGAAAUCUGAUUGAUGAUUCGACAUCACCAUCUGUUACGCAUCAGAACCAUGGCAAGGAAUUAGAUCCUUCUGACUUGGUGAACAGCGCCCACCGAUCUCCACGUACAUGCCGACCAGACCUGGGACUACCAUUUUACCGCUAUUCUGAUAGAGACGGAUACGAGACUGUUCGUCAUCGUUUACUCUUUCCUUCUUCAGAACACCUUAGCCCUCAACUCAGCGCUUCAAAACCAAGGGAAUUUGGGAGCAAUUCCUUGGACCAAAGGCCUGAUGGUCUGGAUAGCUCAUCAGCGUAUUCGGCGAACCCUUUUUCUUCCUAUCCGUUUUCAGGCAGCUACUACACGGGAUAUACACCUUCUCCGCCAUAUUUCUCAGCCUUCCCGCCAGUCAGUGAACGUCUCGGUAUAAAUCCAUUGGAUCAAACGGCAGGUAGUGACCAUGCACCCUUUAAUCUAGAUACCAAACGAUUUGGAUUAUUCUCAAAUAUCACCCCUUCUGAUGACAUGGAUCCAGGUAUAACGAAGACGGCCGCGGUGACACAAGCGCCGUACAUGUCACCUCCACGAACAAUGCCACCGACGAGUUAUUCCGCAUCUAGUAUGUCAAACCUGAUGGUGCAUUCUUCCGCACUGUUAGACAAUCUGGAACCCUCUACCACGGACCGGUUUCGCAUUGGACGUCAGCUAACUCCAGAGGAAGAAGACAGUUCAAUUUCAUGUCAGCAUGGCAAACCAAGCACCAACAACUUAGAAGAAGAUCAAGUCGACUCCGACUAUUCGGAAUAUCAAAAAAAGUAUCAUGCACAUGAUCCCGUAAUCCCCGGCACUCCUUUGAAGCCGUCUCCCAGUACGGAAAAGCCAACAACGCUCAAAAUCGAGAAUGCAUUACUUACUUCGGGAACUAACACGACAAUGCCUACAUAA